GCAGGAGAGAGCGGGCGCGAGUCCCACCAGCGAGAGGCUGCGAAGCACAAUGCGAACGCCGCCGCGACUUCAGUGCUGCGGCGGCGACGGAGGCGGAUGCAUGUGGGGCGGCUCGUCGACGCUCCUCAAAGACACUCAGUGUGUGCUCAGUGAGUGGAAGCCGGCGCGAUGCGGAGGAACGUCAAGGUGCUGCUGCUCUUCUCCAUGGCGUGGAUGUUUGUUAUUAUUUACUAUUUGCAGAGCAACGGAGACUCGAAGACUGAAAACCGAGCCCUAAGACUGAAAGAGGGGGUAACUAUGGCGCAGUACAGCGACGAUUCAGCUCCAGGGCCGGCCGUCCCUUUGGCCCUUCAAAGCCUGGAAACCACCGACGGCCGCCUCACCUGGAACUACUUCGACGAGGCGGGCUACGUGGCCAGGGGCGGGCUGCGCCAAGGAGAGGACCCCUACGUCCGCAAUAGAUUUAAUCAAGAGGCCAGCGACAACCUGCCCAGCAAUAGGGAAAUUCCGGACACCCGGAAUGCGAUGUGCCGGCGGAAAAAGUGGAAGACCGAACUGCCCGCCACCAGCGUCAUAAUAACCUUCCACAACGAAGCCCGUUCCACCCUCCUCAGAACGGUCGUGAGUGUUCUCAACCGGAGCCCGGAACAUUUGAUCAAGGAGAUCAUUCUAGUGGACGAUUUCAGCGAUAAUCCUGAGGACGGGGAGGAGUUGGCCAAGAUCCAAAAAGUCCGGGUGCUCCGCAAUGAUAAACGUGAAGGAUUGAUGAGAUCGAGGGUGCGAGGGGCCGAUGCGGCGACGGCUUCUGUACUCACGUUUUUGGACAGUCAUUGCGAGUGUAAUGUCAACUGGCUGGAGCCGCUACUGGAAAGGGUUGCAGAGGAUCCGACUCGCGUAGUUUGCCCGGUUAUAGACGUAAUCAGCAUGGAUACGUUCCAAUACAUCGGGGCUUCCGCCGAUUUGAGAGGCGGCUUCGACUGGAAUCUGGUUUUCAAAUGGGAGUAUCUGGGAUACGCGGAGAGGGAGAGCAGGCAGAGGGACCCCACGCAGGCGAUACGGACCCCUAUGAUAGCGGGAGGGUUGUUCGUCAUCAACAGGGCGUACUUCGAAAAGCUGGGCAAAUACGAUAUGAAAAUGGACGUUUGGGGCGGCGAGAAUUUGGAGAUAUCGUUCCGAGUGUGGCAGUGCGGGGGCAGUCUGGAGAUAAUCCCUUGCAGUCGGGUCGGCCACGUCUUCAGGAAACGCCACCCCUACACCUUCCCCGGAGGCAGCGGCAACGUGUUCGCACGUAACACUCGUCGCGCCGCCGAGGUCUGGAUGGACGACUACAAACACUUCUACUACGCUUCCGUCCCCCUCGCCAAGAACGUUCCAUUCGGAGAUAUCUCGGAGCGUCUGGAUCUGCGCAACAAAUUGCAGUGCAAACCCUUCAAGUGGUACCUCCAGAACGUGUAUCCCGAGCUGUCCAUCCCGCAGGCCACGUCGUCGCACGUGGGCGAGCUGCGCCAGGGUAUGUACUGCAUGGACACCAUGGGCCACUUGAUCGACGGCAGCGUGGCCCUGUACCAGUGCCACCACACCGGGGGCAACCAGGAGUGGGGUUUGACCAGCGGCGGCUUGAUCAAGCACCACGACCUGUGUCUGACGCUGCUGGAUUACAUGAAGGGGGCGCCGGUGGUCAUGCGGAUUUGCGACGGCUCGGACAGCCAGAAGUGGCACCUGAUCGAGCCCGGAGGUCUGCUGAGGCACUCUAGGUUUCCUCUAUGUUUAGAUUCUAGGUAUACGGAUGUUAAGGGUAUUACGGCCGAACGAUGCAAUAGUAAUUUAGAGACGCAGAGGUGGAAGCUUACCAGUACUUCGUAAUUGUUGGCGAUGAAGUUGAUGCCCGAUUCUCUAGUCAAUUCCGGAAGGGUCCGAUGGGAGAUUUUUGUUCUGCUCGAUUUCAAUCAAAAUCUCUAACAAAAGACAUAACUAGGCUAUCCUUGUGAUUUAACCGUAAAUGUUGUAGAUAUUUUAUACAAAGUACUCAAGUUGUUGACGAUGAAAUGGUACGUUCCACGCUUCCCUCUCGGUUCUGGUUAUUGGUGUAGUUCUGUUGGUUUUUAAUACUCAUUACGAUUAAGGCCAGUGUUGAUCGUUACACUUGAUUAACCUGAAUAUUCUACUUUUUAUUUAUAUUGUUAACGGCCGCUUAAUACGGAAAGUGUGAAUAGAGCAUUUUUUGGUAUUAACCGAGCAUGAGUGGUUGUGAUAUUUUAGACAAAUUAGUCACGUUAAUGCUAAUUGCUUUCAAAUUUAAGUUCCAAAACGGGUAUAUCUUCAACCCUGCACUCUUUGUUCAGUGUGUUUUGUCCUUGCUUUACCUAUUUUACCACAUAAGAUUGAUUACAGUAUUCAAUAACCUACAUUUGGUUUGCAAACUUAGUAGACAAUAAUUAGUACUCUAUGAAAGACUUUUUGAUAUACUUAGGUACCGCUUUUGUUUUUACUUUUCUUUUUGUACUUAUUUCUACUGUAAAUAUUUUUAGUUAAAUUGUACUUAUAAAGAUAGGCACGGAAUACUAUUAUUGUAAAUAUUCAUAGCGAAUUUAUGUAAAAA